AUGGAUCGCAAGCGGACCGUGACCAAGGACCCCUACAAUCCAGAGUUCAAGGAUGCCUUCCAGUUUAACGAGGCAUACCCCAGCUCAGAGAAGAUCUAUCAAGAGGAAGAUGGCACCUGUACUCAAAUGUACUAUGCCAAGCAGGGCAUCAUCACAGAGGAGAUGGCAUUUAUUGCUGCGCGCUGCGUGAGGGCAUGGAUGCCGAGUUUGUCCGUUCAGAAGUGGCGCGUGGCCUUGCCGGUGGGCACCGUGCCGAUCUACCAGGCCUUGGAGAAG